AUGGCGUCUGUUAAAGAGCAACUUCUAAACUCGCUGAAGGACCUGACAGAAGAUCAUCUAAAGGAGUUUCAGUGGAAUUUAGAGAAUGAUCAUGAGUGUAUAUCAAAGUCUGAAAUGGAGAAUGCAGAUAGGUUGAAAACUGUAGAUAAGAUGGUGGAGUGUUUCGGACCAGAAGAAGCUGUUAAGAUUACAGUGGAGAUCCUGAGGAAGAUAACCCAGAAUGAUCUGGCUGAGCAGCUGGUGAACAAAUGCAAGCCAGACAUUUUUAAAGAUUUAAAUCUCUGCCGACAAGACGCUCCUCUGUCGGUCACUGAUCGAAAUCUUUGCUGUCUUUUCUUCUCUUUUUUUAAAGGCUCAGCUGCAGAUAACAGACAAGCUACUCUUCAUGAUUACACAGAGGCCAGCUGCAGACUGAAAGACAAAUUAAAACUGGACUACAGGCGGAUAUUGGUUGGUAAUUCACAGACGGGUCAUCAGAAAAACCUGAAUGAUAUUUACACUGAUUUAUAUGUGGUGGAGAAUGAGACUGGAGGAAGAGUGAAUGAGCACGAGGUGAUACAGAUCGAAUCUCACAACCGACCGACUGCCAAGGAGACUCAAGUCAAGUGUAAUGACAUGUUUAAACAAAACUCAAAGGUACUGACGAUGGGGAUCGCAGGGGUGGGAAAAACUGUCUCUGUCUAUAAAUUCAUCCUCGACUGGGUUGAUGGAAAAGAAAAUCAGGAUAUAACCUUAAUUUUUCCUCUUCCAUUCCGUGAGCUAAACCUGAUUACAGAGGACUGCAGCCUCAUGGAACUGCUGCACGAACACUUCUUUAGUGAUGAUAAGGAACUGCCCUCUCUUCCUAAAGGUGACAGGAAGGUCUUGUUCAUUUUUGAUGGACUGGAUGAAUGGCGCUUCCCUUUGAGCUUUACAGAUGGUGGCAGAUUUACAGAUGUUCACAAAAAAACAACAGUGAGUAAGAUAGUUACAAGUCUUAUAAAGAGACAUCUGGUUCCCUCUGCUCUCAUCUGGAUCACUUCCAGACCAGCAGCAGCCAGUCUGAUUCCCCGUGACUACAUUGAUCAGGUGACAGAGGUGCGAGGAUUUAAUGAUGAGCAGAAAGAGCAAUACUUCAUCAAAAACAGCAGUUCUGAGGUUGCUAGAAAUAUCAUCAGUCACAUCAAGAAAUUCAGGAGUCUGUACAUCAUGUGCCAUAUCCCCGUCUUCUGCUGGAUCUCUCUCACUGUUCUUCAGACUCAAAAGACCAAUGACAAAACUCCCACAACUCUCACAGGGAUGUACAUAAGCUUCUUAAUUUCUCAGAUGCAAAAGAUGGAAGAAAAAUACUGUGCUGUGCCACAACCUAAAGCCAAAGUCAGGUCUUUUGAUGAGAUUAUUCUGAAGCUUGGGAAACUGGCCUUUCAACAGCUGGAGAAAGGAAACCUGAUUUUCUACAAAGAAGAUCUUGAGAAGUGUGGACUCGAUGUCAGUGAAGGGUCAGUGUUCUCUGGGUUAUGCACUCAGAUCUUUCAGAAGGAAAAGGUUUCAGCCAGAAGUGUUUACAGCUUCGUACAUCUCAGCGUACAAGAAUUCCUUGCAGCUCUUUAUGUGUUUUUUAACAACAAAGACAAGAAAGCAAACCCAUUUUUUCCAUUCUGGCAAAAAAUGACAGAGAAACUCUCCAAAAAGCCACUGUUUCAGCUUCAUAAGGCUGCAAUCAACAAGGCUUUAGAAAGCAAGAACGGACACCUGGACCUUUUCCUUCGGUUUCUCCUGGGUCUCUCACUGGAGUCCAAUCAGAGUGACCUGAAGGAACUACUGCCAAAACUGGAACUCAAAUCAGAGAACGUUAAAGACACUGUUGACUAUAUCAAACAGACAAUGGAGAAGGAGGAAUCAGUAGAGAGGACCAUCAAUCUCUUCCACUGUCUGAGUGAACUGAAAGAUGACCUUGAGGGGGAAAUCCAGAAAUACCUGAGCUCAGGAAAUCUUUCAGAACAUAAUCUCUCCUCUGCUCAGUGGUCUGGUCUGGUGUUUGUGCUCCUGAUGUCAGAAGAGGCUCAAGAGAAGUUUGAACUGCAGAAAUACAGAAGAUCUGAUGAAGCAGUGAUGAGACUACUGCCAGUAAUCAAAAACACCAGAAGAGCACUGCUACAUAGCUGCAAUCUCACUGCUCAGUGUUGUAAGAGUUUGUCUUCAGUUCUUCAAUCCUCAAACUCCUUCCUAAGAGAGCUGGACCUGACUAACAAUGACCUGCAGGAUUCAGGAGUGAAGCUGCUUUCUGAUGGACUGAAGAGCCCAGACUGUCAGCUGGAGAUACUGAGGCUACAUAGCUGCAAUCUCACUGCUCAGUGUUGUGAGAGUUUGUCUUCAGUUCUUCAAUCCUCAAACUCCUUCCUAAGAGAGCUGGACCUGAAUAACAAUGACCUGCAGGAUUCAGGAGUGAAGCUUCUUUCUGAUGGACUGAAGAGCCCAGACUGUCAGCUGGAGAUACUGAGGUUACAUCACUGUAAACUCACUGUUCAAACUUGUGAGAGUUUAUCAUCAGUUCUUCAAUCCUCAAACACCGUCCUGAGAGAGCUGGACCUGAGUAACAAUGACCUGCAGGAUUCAGGAGUGAAGCUGCUUUCUGAUGGACUGAAGAGUCCAAACUGUCAGCUACAGAUACUGAGAUUGUCUGGCUGUAUGGUGACAGAGGAAGGCUGUGGUUAUGUGUCUUCAGCUCUGAGUUCAAACCCCUCACACCUGAGAGAGCUGGAUCUGAGCUACAACCACCCAGGAGAUUCAGGAGUCAAGCUGCUCUCUGAUAAACUCAAGGAUCCAAACUGCAGACUGGAAAAACUCAAUGUGGAUCAUGGAGGAGAGAUCAGGAUUACAGCAGGACUACACAAAUAUCUUCUUCCGCUCACUCUGGAUCUGAACACUGUGAAUGAACGCCUCCAUCUGUCUGAGGAGAACAGAGUGAUUACUAACACUAGCACACUCCAGCUGUAUCCUGAACAUCCAGACAGAUUUGAUAUGUAUUCUCAGGUGUUGUGUAGAGAGAGUGUGUGUGGACGCUGUUACUGGGAGAUUGAGUGGAGUGGGAGGGUGUUUAUAUCAGUGUCAUAUAAGAGCAUCAGCAGGAAGGGAUUGGGUGAUGAGUGUGAGUUUGGAUAUAAUGAUCAGUCCUGGAGUUUGACCUGCUCUCCUGACAGAUACACAUUCAGACACAAUAACAUAGAGACUAAACUCCCUGUAGAGCCCAUCAGCAGGAGAACAGGAGAGUGUGUGUGUGACAGGAGAACAGGAGAGUGUGUGUGUUACAGGAAAAUAGGAGUGUAUGUGGAUCCCAGUGCAGGAACUCUGUCCUUCUACAGCGUCUCUGACACAACGAGCCUCAUACACACAGUCCAGACCACAUUCACACACACACUCUAUCCUGGGUUUGCGGUUUAUUAUCCUGGAUCAGUGAAACUGUGUUGAUGAUUGAGAACAGACUGUACCCAUAAUGCUUUGGGUGCCGCAUGAUAAAGCAGUCAGAGUGAGAUGUUGUUGCGUCUCUUAUUGUCUCUUGAUUCCAGUAAUAACAGCUGACCUGCUGUCAGUGAAAUAAAGAGAAAGCCAGAAGAACAGGCAGUGACACACAGAGAAGAGAGAGGAAAUAUGAGACACAAUGAGACUCACUGCAAACAUGUCUGAUGAUACGAGCCAAUCCAAGACUUUCACUUUCAGACAUUCAUAGAUGUGUGUGUUAGGCUCCUCCCCUUCACUUCUGGAUCCAGUUUAAAACACCAUUACUUUGCUCUGGGUGAUGUGUGUAUUAUUACAGACGGCUCUGUUGAUAUAUAGUGUGUGUACUGGACUAAACCUGUUAGUGGCUGUUCUUCUUUUAUUAUUAGUUCUGCUUUAUCUUUUGAUUGUUCGUCUCUGUUGUGCAAAUUCAAGAAAUAAAACACUCUGAAAGAUCAUCUCAAAACACAGAGAUGCGAAAGUUACAAGCAACAAUUAAAGUCAAGUGUGUGUGUGUGUGUGUGUGUGUGUGUGUGUUUCUGAAGUGUGUAGCUUAGACAGUUUCCUCUGAUAACAGAUCUCUAGAUUAUAAUGUGUGUUUUCUGCUUUGAAAUGAUGUGUAUUGUGAAAAGCGCUGUACAAAUAAAUGUGAAGUGAAUUAAAAGAGUUUUAUCUUAUAAA